UGAAAAUGUCAAAGCAAAUACAGUCUUUUGCAAGGGAUCCUGAAGACUUCACAGAAUUCGUACACUUAAAAAUAGUUGAUUUCAAUCCGAGGCCUGAACAUCUAGAUCUGGAAGCAUACUGAAAAUUAUUCCACAACGGUUUCCCGAUCCUGGAGCUUCCUGACAGAGAAGUUGAUGAAUACCUGAUUCAGUUUAGAAACUCAGAUGAUAUAAUUAAGAUUGAGGUAUGGGCUAAUGACGACCAAGAGAAAGUCAUCUUUAUUGGAGCUGUCUCGAUUGCUAUGAGCUUCUGGAACUGCAUUGAAAGUGGGCAAGUUAGGCAACAAAUUAUAUACCUUGAACCGAGAAAUGACCUUAUACUCACAGAAGAUGAUUAUGGAUACCAGUGCUUGGAGGAAGCUAACCUCAAAAUUGCAUUCAGGAGUUUUGAUUCAAUGAAUGAUAGAUCUUUAAGAAAAAUCAUUAAUACAAUGGAUCAAACUUCUAUGAGAUCUUUUGAUGACUAUUUAGCAACUGAUCAAAAGACCAAUAGCCACUUCACACCAAAUAGACUUGGAAGAAAUGACUUUAAUACUUCAAAACAUGUUAAAUUUAUUGAUUUUCACGCUGAUAAUUCAAAGAAACUUAGAAGGAAGAUGGAAAAUACACAAGCUUUACCUUCCAAGCAUUCACUACUAACAAAUCCAGCAGAGGAAAUAGAAUUUCAAAAUUAUGAUCGAGGAGGCAAUUCAAUGAUUCAUCAUAGUCCUGACGAAAACUUCACUCCUGUGUCAUUGGGGAGGAAAUCUCCUGCAAGAGUGCACGACAAAACAACUAUUGAGAUAGUUGAAGAAAGUCUCAACACAACUGAAGAUGAGAUGAUAUCAAACAUCGCAAGAGCUUCUGCUACCAAAACUUCUGCUGCAAGGGCUUCUGCAGAAAGAGCUUCUACGACCACCUCUCAAAUUACCCCACAGGAGAAGCUGGUCAGAAGCAUAGAAAAUGAGCAUGAAGUUCAAAAGAAUUUACAUAAGAUUACCCUUUCAUUCGCCCAAUCAGUUGAAGACUAUCAAAACGAUACAGAAGAUAUUCUCAAGCAGCUGGGAGAACUAGAGAAAAAGCAAGACAAAUUCUCCAAAAACUGCCAACUCCACAAGGCAGUCUACCUUGGCAUGAGCAAAGGUGAGGUCUUGCUCCCUGAAAUAGAAAGAGGGUUCCAAGAAGCCAAUAGUGAGAAUCUGAUCGACAUUCGAGAUCUUGAAGACCUCAAGAAGCACAAAGAAAGGGAGCUAGAUAAGCUCGAAAAACACCUAGAUGAUACCAAGAUGGUAAAUUUUAAACUUAAGAAAGAGCUUACAGAAAAGCUCCCUAAUAAUGAUGUUGAGGUAUAUCAAAGUACUAGAGAGGUCUCUAAGAGGAAUAGAGAUGCAUUACAGCCAAUCAUGGGCGAGAAUGAAAUGAUGAAGAUCAAGCUUGAAGGCUUACAGCAGAAGAGGAGAGAUAUCAUAUUUGAUCUCCUCAGUUCAAACCAACUACCUCAUGGUUUUGAAGAUUUAAUUAACAAACUUAAUGAAGAAACUGAACGAAAUUUGUUUUUAAAAUAAGAAUGCACUUGAGUUAGAGAUCACCGUUCAAGCUCUUCAAGAGUCCUAUAAUGGCCAGAAAGAGUACUUAGAAAAUCUCACAGAGCUUUAUGGGAAUUAUGAAAAGCUCCUUGAAGAGACUGGUCUCCAGAUAGGCAGGGAUCUACUUGAUGUUAUUGCAGAAAAUGAGAAAUUAGAUCCUCAAGUAUACAAAGAUCAGCUUGAGUUAGAAAGACAGAAAAUUCCCACUGAUUAUUCAAUCUCGCCUUCAAAGUUCAAUGACAAAUAUGCUCUUGAAGACAAGAUUAUCACUCUCUCUUCUAAAAUAAAAAGUGAGUUCAAGUCUCAGUCCUAUCUCACCCCACCAAUCGACGAGAUCUCUAUUGAUCUUGAGGUAGAAGAAACCUUACCAGAGUCUGUCAAAUCGAUACUAGAGAAGCUCUCAGAAGUCAACUCUCAAAUUCAUCUCGCUAAAACAUCUUUGGAGAAGGUCACAAGAGAGAAGCUCAUUGUUGAGAAUAAGAAAUAAGUUGACAAGAGCUCAAUCUUCAGAUCUGAAGACUCUCAACAAUUUAUAUACAAAUGUCCUGAAGUCCAAAUCUGAAGUAGAUACUGAGCACUUCUCAACAGCUGAGAGGAUCUCAGCCAAGGAGGAUCAGAUCUUCAAGCAAGAAUUGGAACUGAAAAAUCUAAACAAGAUCAGUAAAGAGCUCAAGCUAAAGCUUGAGACUCUUAAUGCUAAAGAUGAUGAUGACUUCACUGAAGAAUAUGCUAGGCUCAGAGAGAUCUUAGAUAUCCUCAAUAGAAGAAUUGAGAAUCUCAAGAAAUUUCAUAUUAAAAGUGACCAAGAACUUUAUGUAAAAUAAACAAAUACUUGAGGAUAAGAAGCUGAAAAUAGAAGAGCUUAAAGAACAAGUAAAGAAUCUACCAAAGAACCCAUCAAGAUCUACAAGCCGCGAUGGCUCAAAAACCAUUCAAACAACUAUACUAUCUACAAAUAGCAAACUCACCAGAUCUUCCCAGAGAGCACCCCCCAACCCACCACUACCCCCUAAAGAAGACUCUAUCCACCUCAAAAAAGUCACAUACAACCCACACAGGACCCCUCAUGCCACCCCAGUUACCCCAACCCCGCACUCAUCCCUAAAAUCCAACUAACCCAUUCCCACACCUCCUUCUCCAAUUCCUACUAUCAA